GCCCUUGCCGACCUGGGUGUUGCGAUUCGGGAUAUCGAGGGGGCGCAAGGGACCACCAUGGCUGACAGGAGGAAGGGUGGCCAGAAAAUCACUCUCACUGGCUGGGGGGGGGAGGAGGCCGCCUCCAGAAGGAUCCCGGACGACGUUGAGGCCUUGGAGUGCCCGCCGGGGAUGGACACAUCGGGCAGCUCGCCAAAACGAGCCGCAGAGGACGGAGAAGGCCCUCGCGGCAAGCGGCGAGAGCGGGACGGUGGGUCUGGCAUGGUCGCUGGCCUUGAUUUGGACCAGAUGGAAAAGCUUCUCGAGGUUCACAGCACAAGGAUCCUCAAGGCCCAGAGGGAGAAUCUGGAAGGCAUGAUGUCACUUUUUGAAGCCAAGACGGAUGAGAAACUCAGGCGUGUGGAAGAGAAAGCCGAGGGGGCUGAUCGGCGGGCAGCAGCUAUCGAAGACAAGGUGGAACAACUGCAAGGCCAGAUGGCAGACUUGCUCAGGACGGGCAAAGGGACUGCCGGAAGGGACAACGAUCGCCGCUUUACGCUUGUGUUCGGGGGAUGGUGCCGAGACACAAGAAAGGGCGUCAUCCUGCAGCAGUUGGGGGAAGCCUUGGAACGUUUGCAGCUUAGCGGGCAUUUAGAUGCGGAGCCUUUCUGCACAGGCCCGAGGCGGAGCACGGCCCUGGCAGUCUUCAGCCACAGGGGUGGGGAGAGUGACUACCAAGUCAGGAAGAGAAUGCACUCGGUUAUCAUGGGAUUGGCAGGAAACACCGUGACGAUUCCCCAUGGCAAAACCCUCUUCGCUACUUACUCGAAGACACGGGCUGAAAGGGCGAUCGCGGGACAUGCCAGCUGGGUCAAGCGAUCGCUGGCGACACUUGGGGACGAGGUGGUUUCGAUGCUUGACGUGGAAUACGCCACAGGAACCUGCUGGAUCGGUGGAUCCACGGUGGCCUCCGCCACGCGUCCUAGUGAGCCUGGAGUCCGUGAGGAAGGCCUUCUGCGGGAUGAAGUGGAGGGGCACAAAACCUGGGUGGAUGUGGAGGCCAUUGCUAAGGAGACACGGCAGCCCUAUAGGGACAUCAAGAAGGCGCUCGAGGGGGAGCAUCAUGGAACAUUGGGGGAGUUGACGAAGCAGCGGUGCCACAGGAAGUGCCUCGCCGGGAACCGGGGUGGCACACAGACGCAGCUGGAGGAUGGUCGAUGCUUAGUCAUCGCCCUGAAGGGCGGUGGAGAGGGGCCUACGACUUUGCCGGUCCUGUUAGCUGCAGACAUCAACGCGCAAAUUCGGUGGGAGGAGGCCGAGGACGGUAGUGCCUGCCCCUCAGGUAGGGACGGUAAGGCCGUAGGAUACCUGGACGCAAUCGCUGGGCGAGGGCUACAACUUGCAGCUCCCCAUCGCGACCAGUUCGACACCCCGACGAGCCAGCCUAGACAGGGUGGCAGACAGGGUAGGCAGAUAGAUUGCAUCGCGAGCAAGGGAGUCCUGGUGUCCAGGCUUCAGAUCUUUGUGGGAACGGCCAGGGCUUUGGGUACGGACCACGACAUGCUUCAGUGUAGAGUGCACAUGGCAUCCAGACGAGAGAGAGUUGUGCACAGCACCAGACCUCGGGUCUGGACUGGAGGACCACCUGUGAUCGACAACCUCGACCAGAACACAUUGCGGGAGCUCGCGAAGACCUGCACAAGGCCUAAGCCGGGCAAGGGUUACAGAGAUCCACCCGAUGUUAAAGCAGCGGUCAGGGCAGCCAGGGUCAGCCAGACAGGGGUUGCAUGGAAGGAGGUCCAGAACCGGAGAAAGCAAGCACGGAAACAGUGGGAAGAGAAGCGCAUCAGGGAGGCCAUGGCAGGGGACUGGGAGCAAGUUCGGCAGCUUCGGGCCACCAAGAACACGGGAUGGGACACACAUUAUGCAGAGUGCCAGGGCGAAGGUGAGGCGCACCGAUCGAUUCACAACCACCUCGCAAGCAUAUACCAGACAGGUAGCCACCUUCCGGAGCUGGAAGCAUGGCGGGGAGAAGUGCAGGCCUUCACCGAGGAUGAACUGAAAUCGGCACUGUCAUCCGGGAAAACCGGAAAAGCAGUCGGCAUCGAUCAGACGAGCCUGGAACUUCGGCGAGGCAUAUGUGCUACGGAAGGGGGAAUGACACACUUGCUCGAAUUCUACAAGGUGCUCGGCGGGACUGUGCUUUGGCCGCUGGCGGCCCUACCUAUGGAUCAGGCAGAGCUUGAGCUUGCGAGGGCUGUAGCAGAUGACGGCACGCUCCUGACAACUUACAGCCGUGCUUGGUUCGAACCUUUAUGGACCGAGUGGCGCUUUCAUGAUGAAGCAAAGUUUGGCGCUUACGCCAUUGAUGACCCGCGGCACAUCGAAGAGGAAGUCGGGAGGACGGAAACCCUACUACCACAUGCUGAAGACCAAGGCCGGGAGUCCUUCCAGAGCGAUGCGGCACUGUCUGCAUCGCAAGUACGGCAGCGGCCGUCCCAGGGAGAUGCGGGGAAGGGCAAACACAUGGGACAACCCGGAGGGCACGAUCGGGGACUCGGCGGACCAGAUCGGCGGGUCGUGUACUCCCGGCUGCACACCGACUACAAGGAUCCGGAACUACCUGACGAAGAUGGAAUGAAAGAGAAUCAGAAGAUCUCGACUGCCAACAGUAAGCUGUGGCUUCAACGCCAGAACCACCAACCGAAAUGGCCUCCCCAUGAAAACGAUUCCGGACUAAUCGACCCUGAUCGGCGGCGCGUGUACCCCCUGAUGCCCGCCGAUUACAUGAAACCGGGACUACUUGAAGAAAUGGGACCGGCACUACCUCCAGAAGCGGAACACCCGAGGGACGUCAAAGAAGGUGUGCCUACUCCAGUGCAGAACACCGCUGCCGUGGGCGAAAAAGUGCACCCGAUGCAAACGCCUCAAGAUGGACAAGCCGGGAAUGCAUACCUGGAGGAGCUGAGACAAGACCUGGGGCGCGACUCCCCUCUGCUGCUUGCCGAUUACAUGGGACCGGCACUACCUGAAGAAAUGGGAUCGGCGCUACUUGAAGAAGUGGAGGACCCAGGGGACGUGAAAGAAGGUGCGCCUACCCGAGAGGAGAAUGCCGCCGCUGAGGGCGAGGAAGUCCACCUGAUGCAGACGCCUCAAGAUGGUCAAGCCUGGAUCGCAUACCUGGAGGCGCUACGACGGGAGCUCGAAGGGGCGGACAAGGAAGCGAAGCUCCGUAUGGCCCAAUACCUGCUGUGCCGACUUGAUUGGCGCAGUACCGACGCCCGAGAAGGGUAUUGGCUGGGGCACAUGACCGGCAAGGUGGCUGACAUGACUGCCCUGCUGGUGGCAGCGAUGGACAGACAGGAGGCUGACCUCGCGGUUCUGCUCCCGACGGUGGCAGAAGGACUCUGGGCGGAAGCGGAAAGGGCCGAGCCGUCUAAGCGACAAUGCCUCAUGGUCGAGAUCGCCGCCAACACAGGGGGGGACGCUGCCUUGGCGACUUCGCUUCGUGUCCCGCUGCACGAUGGCACGGCAGACCUGAACAUGAGGAUCACGGUGCAGGAGAACGGCAGCAGCGACCAGGAGACGGUCAGGGUUCACCAGGAGGCGAACGAGACGGAGCCAGCCAAUGGCCUCCUGCCCUUCGCUCUCACUUGGAGCACUGGCGCGAUGGACCAUAUCCCUCCAACCUUUAUGAUGGCAAGGGACCAGCUGGCACGUCUUCGCAGGGAGGGUUGGACCAGGAGACAGCAGGCGAGCAUGAUAUACGUCCUGGUGCAAAGACGGGGACAUGAGGAAUACCUCAGCGAGCUCCCAAACUACUUGGCACAGCUUGACCUGGACUUGGAUGUGGACCUCUCCCCCCACAACCUCCCAACGGCCCCGCCGGUCAUGGAAUGGAUCGAAGCGGAGAUCUGGGACGAGUACAUAGACUUCUUCGAGAGCAAUGCGGGGGCGGAGACGGAAGUGGAGACAGGGGGCGCAGCCGACUACUUCGGAGACCAGCACGGGGAGAACCAGGUCACGCUCUCCAAGGGACACAUGUGCGAGGCCGGAGAGGAAAUGAACAUGCCAGAGACAGCGGACGCAGACGGCGACGAGGACCAGUCACAAGAGGUAGAGGACGAGAGCGUACCCCACCCAGGGCACACAGAGGAAAUGCUACACGCCGCUCUGGACCGUGGGUUACUGAGGAGACCCGGCGACUACUUCCCAGCAGCGGCCCCAGACCCAGCACGGGAACAGGCGAAUGCCCGAGAAUGGAAGGAGCUGGCAGGCAUGAGGGUGGAGCAUCUGGCAGUGGGGGCAACAGCCAAGCGGGAGCUGAAGCGCAUGAACGAGCGGGACCUCGGCACCAUGUUCAGGGCGCUCAUGAGGCUAAUGGGCAUGCUGUACAUCGAGAUGACUCGCAUCUUGACCCAGGUGCAGGACUACCGCCUCCGCAUGGGCGAUAUGGUUGAGGUGGAGGUUGAGGACGACGAGGAGGAGCAAGAUGAGGAAAGCAUAUACAUGCAGGUCGCCAUGGACACCCGUACCAGGCCUUCUUGGGAGCAGACCUUGCAGCAGUUGGUGCGGCAAGGGGAUGAGCAAGGAAAUGCCGAACUCAUGCGUGCACUUCGCCGGCGUAUAUCGAGCAGUCUCUACAUGCAGACAUCGCGUGGCGUGCAGCUGCAUGCGGCACUGACGGCAGUGGCUGCUGAUCCCGGAGCAACACUGCCACAAUGCGAAACUGCGCCCCAAGACGCCAGUCAAGUGGAGCAGUGGUGGAAGCACCUCAAGACCUACCUGAACCUUGUGGACGAGGACCGCGACAACAACUCCGCCGGGAGCAGCGGGGACCGUCACCACUCAGCUGCGGAGGUGGCUGAAUGGAAGCGAGAGCGAGGUGAACUUGCUGAAGAACGUCUGGUGGCCCAGGGCGUGAAGGAGCAGGAGGAGACGGCACGGGAGCAGGAACAAGACGAACAAAACAGACAGGACAGUGAGCUCUACGAAGCUCAUCGGGCAGCGGUGUACCGAGACUGGGAACACUGGUUGGUUCUCAACACGCCGAAUGUCCAGAAGCGGAGACGGCUGGUGAUUACCUCCAGAACCGGGCAGCCGACAACACCGAACGAGCCCAACGUGGGGAAUAUCCUCGACACGACGACCCUGACGGUGCCCAACAUGGCGACGCAGUUCCACCUCCAGCUGCACAUGGAAGACUACCAGGAAGCGAUCCAGCCGGAGGCGAAGGAGAUCCAGCCGGGGGUCAGGGUGGGAGCGUCGGAGGACAAGUACCAGCGGGUUUACAAGGCCUGGAAAGCGGGGCACAUCGAUGACCUGGGAGUGGAGCUCUUGUUCGGAGCAGAAUGGGUGAUUCUGUUUCAUCUUGAGGCGGAGAAUGGCGGAGAGGCGGGAGAUGAACAGGGGACGACGGAUGCGACACAGCGACGGGGGACCAUCUGGCUCGAUGGCGAAGUAGCCUUGGAGUUCUGCGACGCCUCCUCGCCGCUGCUGAAGUGCGAGGGCCCUCUGGCCCUGGACCCCACGGUGAAGGGCCUCCAGCUGCAGACCAUGUCCCCAGACCUCUUCAACGUCUGGUCUCUGCAGAUGCCGCUCGGAGUCUGGAUCUGUCGCGCCAAUGGGACUUGCAAGACCAGCGGGCUCUUCACCCGCAACGCCGCCAGCAGCUCGCAGUGCUGGCGUUGUAAGUCCAGCCGGGUACGCUCUGCCUUCCGACCUCCUGGAGAUAGCGACCCAAGGCAUCCGGGCAUCAAGAUCUUCACCACGGACUCUUUCGAGGAGCUUCUAGAGGCAAACCCCUGCGUCUUCCUGGCGCUCUCCGCCGACUGGUGCGGCGCUUGCCAGCGGAUGAAACCUGCUUGGUUUGCCUUGGCCAAGCUGCUGAAGUCCUCCAAGGAGGUCACCGUGGGGGUCAUGAACAUCGACGAGAACGAUGUGGACAAGAAGUAUUUCCCAGAGAGGCACAUCCCGGUGAUCAAGCUCCUGGUCAAGAAGCUGCCGGAAGACGACGGCUUGGAUCACUCAAACGACAAGCCGGUAGUGAUCUCCUACGAAGGGGGCCACGACAUCGCCAGCUGGCUCCAAUUCCUCGGGGAGCACACCGAGCUGAAGCUCCAGGAUGUCCUGGACUC